UGUCUAUAUAUGUUGCAUGAACUCUUCCCACUCCUGGAAGAUUUCUUGUAACUUUGGUUUUUCUUGAAACUUCCUACCAUAACUAACCAGUUACACAAGCAUGGCCUGCCAGAAUAUUGUAAGAAAUUCUAACCGGCAAACACACUUAUCAUCAUCACCAUCAUCAUAACUAUAUAUAUAUUACCAACCUUUCUCCCUCAAUACAAUAAUAUUCCGAAAUCCCAAGCUUUCUUUUCAAAACCUUCUCCUACCUGCAUAUAUACGUACCCAAAUUAGAAUUUGCUUUGAAAUUCAAAAAAAAAAGAAAAAAAGAAAAAGAGAAGUUUUUAUGGGGCUGAGAGACAUUGGAGCGGCACUCCCUCCUGGGUUUAGGUUUUAUCCUAGUGAUGAGGAGUUGGUCUGCCAUUAUCUUUACAAAAAGAUCACAAACGAGGAAGUUUUGAAGGGUACUUUGAUGGAAAUCGACUUGCAUACAUGUGAGCCAUGGCAGCUUCCUGAGGUGGCCAAGCUCAAUGCAAGCGAGUGGUACUUCUUCAGCUUCAGGGACCGUAAGUACGCGACAGGGUUCCGGACCAAUCGGGCAACAAUAUCUGGAUACUGGAAAGCCACGGGAAAGGAUCGUACGGUGGUGGAUCCAGUGACACGUGAGGUCGUAGGGAUGAGAAAGACUUUGGUGUUCUAUCGGAACAGAGCUCCCAACGGGAUCAAAACGGGUUGGAUCAUGCAUGAAUUUCGCUUGGAGACCCCACAUAUGCCUCCCAAGGUCUCAUUCAUGCCGCUUUUUCAAAGAAAUUUGCUCUCCAAUGAGGACUGGGUUUUGUGUAGGGUGUUUCACAAAAGCAAAGGCAUGAUGCCAAACUCGGAAAAUAGCUGCACGUUUGAGAGCACAACAGCUUGUGCUUCAUCUCCUCCAAGCAGCCAAAUCAUGCCUUGUGGGUACAACCAAAUGAUGAUCACCUCCUUUGCCUCAACCCCAUCUCAUCACCAAAACCAAAACCAAAGCCAAAGCCAAAGUCAAAACAAUUCCCUGCUAAAUCUCCUUCAGUUUUCUCAGGAUAUUACAAGCACCAACAAUCAGAUUAGCUCCAAAGGUGAUGAUGAAUAUGGGUUCUUAUGGGACAUGAGUUUGGAAGAAAAUAGUUUGGAAACCGUGGCGCCAGCUCCCAACAUGGAGGAGAUGAGAUUUGAGAUUGACAACAACAUGGUUUUUCUAUGAAAAAAAAAAUAUCUAUUUUCUUAUACUUUAUAUCUAUAUUAAACACAUGCCCACCGAAUUUGUUUAUUUGUAAUGUAUAUGUUGUUGUGUUUGGCUUUGAGGGACAACUUAUGCUUGAUUGCAUGCAUAUAUUAGAAGGUUUGUGCUAGUGUAUCAAUUGUUUCUUUUUUGUAUACAACAUUAAUGGGGAUUUGUAUAAAAUUAAUUAAAUUUUCAGUUGU